AUGGAGAAAUUCAUUGUGGGCGUGGCUGCAACUGCUUCAACACUUGCUUGUCUGGUUAUGGUUAUUACCAUUCCACAACUUUAUAACACUAUUUUAGAGGUUCAUGAUGAAGUUCUCGAUGGAGUCAGUGUCUUUCGAAUGGAAACGGAUGCCGCAUGGACUGAUAUGAUGGAUAUUCAAAUCACUGUUACACCUCCAUCAAAGCCACGAGUUAACCCAUUCAACUCUAUAUUCCGUCAAAAAAGACAGGACUUUUCUGGUCUUCCUGCAUGGUGCCAAUGUGAACCAGCCAAACCUGUCUGUCCACCUGGACCACCAGGUCCACCUGGAGAAUCUGGACAACCUGGAAACGCUGGACCACCAGGGCCUCCAGGAGAAGACAAUACUUCGACUUAUGCCCCAAUCACUUGCCCACCCAAAGAUCCGGGAUGCGUUAAAUGUCCAGCAGGACCGGCUGGACCACCGGGCCCAGAAGGACCAGCUGGAACGGCCGGACCAGAUGGUCAACCCGGUUCUCCAGGAGAUGCAGGAAAGGAUGGACCCGCCGGUCCACCAGGACCAGACGGAGACGCUGGACCAAAGGGAGAUGCAGGACCAAAUGGAGAACCAGGAGCUCCAGGAAAAGAUGGCGAGAAGGGUAAGGGUGAACCAGGGCCUGCCGGACCAGCAGGACCACCAGGACCAGGAGGACCGCCAGGAGAUUCUGGAAGUGCUGGAAGCGACGGAGCGCCAGGACCACAAGGGCCCCCUGGACAGGAUGGAACACCAGGAAAUGCUGGACCAGAUGGUCAACCAGGAACUCCAGGAGGGCCAGGACUACCUGGAAACGAUGCAGCUUAUUGUCCAUGUCCACCGAGAUCGGCAGUUUUCGUCAAUAGAUUCGCCCAUUGA